GACUGACCAAAACGACGGUGGUUCAACGUAGCGCAUGUCUUGCCGCCUUCAUCGCUGCUGAUAUCGCCGACUUGGCGGCUGUCCGUCCGCGAACAGCGCCCCGGUCUGCAGCCGCAGUCCUUGACGAGUCCGAGCCUGAAGUCGUCCGACAAGGAAAGUCCAACUGCGGCUCUGCUCGAGGGCAACUGGGGCUCGAACAGCUUCCGGCGGAGGCAAGUGAGAGGAAGGAAGAUAGAAAGUCAAAUAGGGAAGAGGAGGAAAAGGAGGAGAAGGAGAAGGAGAAGAAGAAGAGGAAGAUGAAGAAAAUGGAAGGAAAAGCGAAUGAAGAGACUGGAAAACGGGCGAUUCGGGUGCGUCAAAGAACCGGCAGCAAAUCGGAUCGGCAUGCGGUUCUCUGCGAGAUCACGCCACAAGAGCCGCCGCUCGGCAAGAAUCAGUGCCCUCUGCUGGCAAACCUUGACUCCACGGAACCUCGAGUGGCCGAGUUCGUGGCUCGCCUGUUGAAUGCGAUCUGUUCCCUUCGGGAGGGUAAGCUGGUUUCUUAA